ACAGCUCUUAUUGUGAAGGUCCCGGCCAGCAGGAGCCUCUCCCUCCCUCCCUCCCUCCGUCGGAUCAGAGUUCAGCGUCCCUUUCCCGUCCCGAACCGAACCGAAGCCGAGCCGAGCCAUGUCCUUCCUGCUGCCGCUGCUGAUCAGCCUCCUGCUCGGUCUGCUGCUCUGGAUCCUCCGCGGCAGAACCAGGAAACCAGGCGAGCCUCCACUGGUGAAAGGCUGGAUCCCGUUCGUGGGGAAGGCUCUGGACUUCGGGAAGGACGCUCACAAGUUCCUGGAGGAACAUAGGAGGGAGCAUGGGGACGUGUUCACGGUCCGGAUCGCAGGUAAAUACAUGACCUUCAUCAUGGACCCCCUGCUGUACCCCAGUAUCAUCAAGCAGGGCCGGCAGCUGGACUUCCACGAGUUCACCAACAAGGUGGCUCCUCUGACCUUCGGCUACCCGCCCGUCCUCCGCACCGCCUUCCCCGGCCUCUGGGAGCAGAUCAAGCGCUCCUUCCAGCUGCUGCAGGGGGACCACCUGGCACCGCUGACAGAGAGCAUGAUGGGUAACCUGAUGCUGGUGUUCCGUCAGGACCACCUGAACGGGGAAAGCGACUGGAGGAGAGGCAGCCUGUACGAGUUCUGCUGCUCCGUCAUGUUCGAGGCCACAUUCCUGACCAUCUACGGCAGGCCAGCGACCGGCGUCCGCCACGGAGGGAUGGACCGUCUGAGGAACGACUUCCACAAGUUCGACAACAUGUUCCCGUUCCUCAUCGCUCAGAUUCCCAUCUGGCUGCUGGGGCGGACCCUGGCCGUCCGCCAGAAGCUGAUCUCCUACUUCCUGCCACAGCACAUGGCCCAGUGGACCAACACUUCCCAGUUCAUCCAGAGAAGAGCCGAGCUGUUUGAGCAGCACGACGAGCUGAAGGACGUCGAUAAAGCUGCUCAUCACUUCGCUAUCCUGUGGGCGUCAGUGGGCAACACGCUCCCCGCUACCUUCUGGGCCGCCUACUUCCUGGUGAGUCAGGUGGAGGCGUUGAAGGUGGUGCGCCAGGAGAUCGUUGAUGUCCUGCGGGACAGUGGAGUGGACUUCAGCAACAGCAGCGACAUCAUGCUCAGCAAAGAGCAGCUGGACAAGCUCGUCUUUCUGGGUGCGUUCCAGUUCGCGUUCAGGUCAGUGGUGCAGCGGGUCGAUAACGGGCCGUCUCCAUCCUCAGAGAGCGCCAUCAACGAGAGCCUCCGCCUGUCCUCGGCCUCCAUGAACAUCCGGGUGGCCCAGGAGGACUUCAGUCUGCGGCUGGACUCCGACCGAUCGGUGGGCGUCAGGAAGGGAGACAUCAUCGCCCUGUACCCUCAGAGUCUGCACCUGGACCCCGAGGUCUACGACGACCCACAGACGUUCCGGUUUGACCGCUUCGUGCAGGACGGCAAAGGGAAGACAGAUUUCUCCAAAGACAGACAGAAGCUGUCCUACUUCCUGAUGCCGUUUGGUUCCGGAUCGUCCAUGUGUCCCGGUCGAUACUUUGCCAUCAACGAGAUCAAGCAGUUUGUCUGUCUGCUGCUGCUGUACUUCGACCUGCAGCUGGAGGACGGGCAGAACCGACCCGGUCUGGACCCGAGCCGAGCCGGUCUGGGAAUCCUGCUGCCCUCCUCGGAUGUCCGGUUCCGCUACAGACUGCGGUCCGUGUGACCCGGAGCGGCGCUGAAGUCCAGAUGUCUUGUUCCCUCUGGAGGUUCUCAGGGUCUGGACUCAGUCCGGAGGUUUGGGUUCUGGUCGGGGGUUGGGUCCACCUGGAGGACUGUGAUGGCGCUGCAGCAGAGAUCCUGCUGGAGGGAGCGACUGCUAACAGCGCCUCCUGCUGGUCAAGCUGCAGAACUGUCCCAGAUUAAACCUGGUUCUGAUCCAAUUUGUCAGGGCCGGCCCAAGCCUCCAUGGGGCCCUAAGCAAAAUUUGGUUUUGGGGCCCUCUAGUUCUGCUAUUAAUGUGGACCGGCUGGAAUCAGCAGCCCAAUCAUUAGAUCAUUCAUUCAAUUUAAUUAUAGAAAUAUCCAGAGAAUCAACUCAUUUAAAGUUUAAACUCAGUUUCACACAAAGACGCAGCAUAAAUGUUUACUGCUGAACUGGACCGGUCCAGGUCGCUAUCAAGCUAAUGUUCUGUUAGCAGCUUUACUAAUCUUUACAUGACAUUAGCAAGGCUCAUUAAAACAAACCUUUAUCUUGGCUGUUUCUAUUCUUCCUUUUCUUUUCUCCCUCCCUGAAGGAUCGGUCCUUUUCUGAGACAUAGUUUUACUAACUUAACUUCUGACCUUUGGACCUUUAGAUGUUCUGAACAGCAGCUCAUGGUACCGGGGAAGCAUGCGGUACCUACCGCGGCCACCAGGGGGCCCAAGAGCAAUUUAUUUUACUUCUUUUUAUCAAGAAAAUAAUAAUUUCCACAUACAUUAUCAAAUAUAUAUUAUUGUAAAAACAAAUCAUUUCAUGGUGAAAUUGUGAGUUUUAUGUUAUUAUAAUGACAUAGAAAUUAUUACUAAAAACAAAAUUAAAAAUCUACUUCACUGAGGGGGCCCAUUGGUGGCCUUGGGGCGGCUGAUUAGUUUGCUUAUGCCUUGGGCCAGCCCUGCGAUUUGUUAUGUAAUUUUAUCCACAGCAGGAAUUUAUUUUCUGUCUCGUGUUAUUUUUUUUACUUUAAUUCUUUGUUCAAUAUUAAACCGUAUGUUUUCUAUCUAUGCUGCUGUUUUAGCUUCAUGUUUAGCUAUUAGCUUUUGGUUCUUAUUGAAACAUCUUGGUGCCGCUAAGGUUUGGGUCGGAACCUACCCAGAUCUUCUUCGCUUCCUGUUUCUUCCAAAUAAAAACGUUUAAAUAUG